AUGGACUUCUACCUCAGGUGCAACUCGCUUAAAUGUCGCACUCAACUGAAGGAGAGAGCAGUGGUGACGACCUGCUCCCAUAUCUUCUGUCUUCCCUGCGCAGAUAGCCUGGGUCUGUCGCAUCCCACUGCAGGCCACCGUCGCUGUCCUGCCUGCCAGACUGUUCUCCUCAACCCAGACGAUGCCGUGUCCACCGUCCUAAACCCGACAGAGGAUUACAAGACCAGCGUGUUGAGCGGGCUGGACCCAGGCACCAUCGUCGAAUGUGCUGGUCGUGCACUGGGGUUCUGGUCAUAUCAGACCACACAGGAAAUAUUCUACCAGGAAUUCCUCGGCAAGGCCCUGACCGAAAAGUACUCCAGUCUCAGCACGCAGAUGGACAAGGUCAUCCACAACGCCAACACCGAGAUAUCCUCUCUGCAAAGCAAAUUCGCCGGUCAGCAGCACUGCCCCCAGCCCACUGAAGUCACACUGACCCCUCGGCCAGACAUGCAAGCAAGGCAAGACGAACUGCACAAAAAGAACCAAGAGCUAGCCGAGCUCUACCGCGAGAAAUCCAAGAAGCUAUCCCAGAUGACAAACCUAUACAAUCUGCUGAAGGCACGCGCAAUGCACUCCCAAAUGCAGACCGCCGCGUCCUCCAGCGUCUCGCAGACCCUGCACUCGCUGGACAGGUCCUCACGAAGCGGGCCCCCUCCCGUCGCACCCGGUCCUCCGCCGAUGCCGACAGUCUCAUCCUCCAUCCCGCACCGCUCACUGACCCCCGCGUAUCCCGUCACGACCGACGGCGUGGAGCAGCUGCACCGAUACCAGCGCAGCGGGACGGGCAGUUCCAAGCGAGUGCGAACGAAAGAUGUUGAUGCCGUUGCUGUGGCCAUGCCACCGCCAACGGGUCGCUUGCCGUGGAAUACCCGGAAUCGUCAUCGCUCGCCUGAGAAAGUGGCCAGUUCGGCGAAACCGCAGCACCGCACUCGGCUGCCUGGCCCGUCCCGGCCGCCGACAGCGCUGUCGCAGUUUCCGGGUGGAGAGGCGAUCCUCGAGCGAUUUGGCGGUUAG